AUGAAGAACUUCUUUGGUACCGGCAAGAAGCCAACUCCCUCUCCCUCUCCCUCCUCCUCCACUCCUCCCCCUUCCUCUUCAAGGAAAUCCGCCACUUUCGAGGAGCGCGACCGCGAGCACGACUCGUCUGAACCACCGCCAUACUCCUCCGAGCCUUCAUCGCCCGCCCGCGAGAAGUCGCCUUCAAAGUCUUCAAGGAAAUCAUCUCGGCCCACCUCCACAACCGAGCCAACAAAGUCCUCCCGCUCUUCCAGACUGUCGAGGCAAUCUACCGACCCCGGUCACUCACACUCUCACUCUUCUCGUCGACCCAAGUACGAGCCUGAGACGCAUCCUCUUAACCUCCCUCCCGAAGAACGCAAGCGACUCUCCGCUCUUGCCGCAGCCAUGAACGGUAAUUCUAUGGAUGUCGAUAGCGAGCCUGUCAGUGGUGCUCGCUCAACCACUCCUCCCAACCCAAAAGCCAACGCCCAGGCCAACUUUUCCGUUCCCAUUCCCAACGGAUCAAGUCAUGAUGAUGGCGCCCCUCCACCUCCUCCUCACAAGUCCAACCCCGGAAGCCCAACGAUCACACCCGAGGAGGAUGCCGAGUCUUACAAGAACGCUGGCAACCGCUUCUUCAAGGAGAAGAAUUACUACAAGGCCAUCGAGCAGUACAGCAAAGCUGUCGACUUAUUCCCCUUCUCCGCUACUUAUCUAGGCAACCGAGCUGCGGCUUAUAUGUCCAACGGUCAAUUUGAGCAUGCUCUUGACGAUUGUUCCAGGGCUGCCGACUAUGAUCCCCAUAAUGCCAAGAUUCUUCUGCGAUUGGCCCGUAUCUACACUGGUCUGGGCCGACCAGAGGAAGCUUUGACGACCUUCAGCCGUAUUGAUCCCCCACCUUCCGCCAAGGAUAUGGUCCCGGCAAAGGAGAUGUUACACCACAUCCAGUCCGCCCGUGACAUUCUUCAGCAGGGUAACGGAUCUGGUAUGUCAAUGGUGCUUCAUGCUCUUGACCUCGCUGAGCGCGGCCUUGGUCACCGUGUCAGUAAGCCCCGCAAGUGGCAGCUUAUGCGCGGAGAGGCAUAUCUAUUGAUGGGACGUGAGAACUCUUUAGGAGAGGCACAGAACAUCGCUAUGAACCUCCUCCGAAACAACAACCAGGAUCCCGAGGCUCUUGUCCUCCGCGGACGUGUGCUGUACGGCCAAGGCGAGAACGACAAGGCAAUCCAGUGCUUCCGUAUGGCCAUCAACUGUGACCCUGAUUUCCGUGAUGCUGUCAAGUGGCUGAGGAUUGUCCAGCGACUUGACCGCAUGAAGGAGGAGGGCAACGCCGACUUCAAGGCCGGACGUCUACAGCCUGCUAUUGAGAAGUAUACCAAUGCUUUGGAAAUUGACCCCUCCAACAAGAGCAUGAACUCGAAGCUGUUGCAGAACCGGGCGCAGUGCAAGAUUAAGCUCAAACAAUACGAUGAUGCUAUUGCCGACUGUGAAAGGGCUAUCAAUCUCGACCCUGGUUACACAAAGGCCCGCAAGACCAAGGCCAACGCUUUGGGUGGUGCCGAGAGAUGGGACGAUGCAGUCAAGGAAUGGAAGGCAAUCCAAGAGCUCGAGCCAGAGGACCGCAACAUCGCCAAGGAAAUUCGCAGAGCCGAACUUGAGCUUAAGAAGGCCCAGCGAAAGGAUUACUACAAGAUCGUCGGUGUUGAGAAGAACGCCACAGAUGUCGAGAUCAAGAAGGCGUACCGCAAGAUGGCUGUCAAGCUUCACCCCGACAAGAACCCCGGCGAUGCUCAGGCCGAGGAGAAGUUCAAGGACUUGCAGGAGGCUUAUGAGACCUUGAGUGAUCCUCAGAAGCGUGCUGCCUAUGAUAAUGGCGAUGACCUUAUGGAUCCUAACGACAUGUUCGGGGGCGGCGGCAUGGGUGGAGGUAUGGGAGGUAUUGACCCUGAGAUCCUCUUCAGCAUGAUGGGCCAGCAGGGCUUCGGUGGUGGUGGUGGCGGCGGCUUCCGAUCUGCUGGAGGCUUCCCCGGUGGCGGCGGCGGUGCCCACUUCAACUUUGGUGGUGAUCCUAGACAACAGCGCGGAGGAUACCCUGGUGGUUUCAACUUCUCAUGACCAUAUGGCGCUGAUGAUGACGAUGACGACGUCGAGGAUAGUGAGGAAGAGGGCUCGUAUUAUUAUGACGAGGAAGAGGACGACGAGGACACAGCACCCUUCAAAGAGGGUGUCUAUCCACAACCCACCACAGGAAGCAAAUCCCGAGACCAGAAACAGAACCGGGAAGCUCAUGACCGGUUGGUCGAUACUGUACGGCGUUACGGUACUUUCUUCAUGGCGGCAGCCGUCUUGCUUCCAUGGCAAGUGGUGAUCCUCGCUCUGGCGCUAGUUGGGUCCGCAUACAUAUGUACAAAACAUAUCCCGGUCUUUCGUAGAAAGAGCCCUUCGACGUUGUAGAACGUACUGGCAGCACAUAUAAGGGGCACUUUGCAUAUGCUACACAACAUACCAUUGCCGGGCGUUUGUUUCAGGGAUAGACAUCAAUGAUUGAGCAGGGCAAUGCGAAAGGAUAAUGGGUUACAUAUUAUUGCUAAGGUCAAAGGGACCCAGGAUACCACUACGAACUCUGUUAGACUGAUUCCUCUAAAUCAUUUGCUUUAU